CUACUGUCAACAGCAGCAGCUCCUCUGACGAGCUAUCACAUGACAGCAGCACUGGUGCAACAACACAGCGACCACUUCCGGUAUUUAAGAAGCGACGGUGGUCUUCGUCACGUGACGGGGGGAAUUUCAAACGCCGGUCAAGUCCGGGCAGAGGCGAGGCGGCUUUGUAGACUUCACUCUGAACUCGCUGGGACGAAAACAAUGGCUGUUUUUCUGCUCGGCUUUCUUCUGCCGUUGGGGGCUUCUCUUGCCUCUGACACCGUGGCUCCCGCCCAGCUCGGCCCGCCGUCGCUCGGGUUCAGCUCCUCGGUCCGCUCGGUGUGUAAGCCCAUCCCGAGCACCCUGUCUCUGUGCCACGGCAUCGGCUACAGGCACAUGCGGAUCCCCAACUUGCUCGGCCACGACUCGCUGAGGGAGGCCCAGCAGCAGUCGGCGGCCUGGCUGCCCCUCAUCUCCAAGCUCUGCCACCGGGACACCAAGAAGUUCCUGUGCUCGCUGUUCGCGCCGGUGUGUCUGCCGGAGCUCGGCGGGCCGGUCAGCCCCUGCAGGAGCCUGUGCGAGACCGUGCGGGACGGCUGCGUGCCCGUGAUGAGCGCCUUCGGGUUCCCCUGGCCCGAGAUGUUCAACUGCAGCCGGUUCCCGCGCGGGACCGAGCUCUGUAUCCCGGCAACCGGAGAGCGGGAGGGGCGGACGGCGGAGGAGGUGAAGCACGAGGAGGCGCUGAAAGGGAGUGUUAUCUGUGAUGCCUGUAGUCUGGCUGCUGAAGGAGAGACUGACAUCCAGGAAAACUUCUGCAACAGUCCAUAUGCAUUUAAGAUGCGUCUGGGAAGUGUGUCGAAGGUGGGAGGGGACCGUCAGCUGGUGCCUAUGGCCCGCAGCCGCAUCUUGAGGUGGGCAGGGGGAGGUGCGGAGAGGGCAGAAGGGGUCGGAGGCGCGAUGGCUCACAGUGCUUUGUGGCUGCAGGACGGAGGCACCUGUACUUGUCCAGGUUUAGACUCUGCGGACACAAACUUAGACAGAGGGUUAGAGGAGGAACACAUGGAUAAGAGACAAGGUAAAGGAGGGAAGGAGGGGAAUGGGGCCCAGGGUGGAUGGUACCUGGCCCUGGCUCAGGCUGAAGAGGGCAGGCUGGUGCUGACUCGGCUGGUGAGGUGGACCAGAGGUGACAAAGAGUUGAAGAAGUUCAUCAGAGCUCUCCUUAAACAGUCCUGUCCAGAACUGUAGACAGGGAGUUAUCGACCAAUGCAGUCCUGCCUCAUGGACGUUGCUUUGUGGUUGUGUGCAGUCUGUAACUGUGUGCUGCUAAUAGCAACAAUUUACAGUAACAUACACAAAAUCCAGAGUAGCUACCAAAGAAUGAGUAAGGAACACAUCGGGAAACAAAUAGUUCCCAAAUAACACUGAAUAAAUCACUUCAGUACAGAUUUUUAGAUACUAUGUAAAUGUACCAGUGUUUAAAGAUUAGUUCAUAGAUAUCUGAAAAUCUUCAUACUGGCCACUUUCUGAAUGAAUCAUUCCUGAUUAACUCUGAAAAGGGUGCUAAAUGCUACACAAUCAAUAAUCAAUCAAAUCUUCGGCACUAAGUACAUAUUGUUUUGUGAUAUAUUGAGUUGUUACCAGAUUUAUCAUUACAUCAUGAUUACCAUUAUUCAAAAUGUUUGUUCGCUCAAGUAAAAUGGAGCAUCAGUUUUACCAAACUGACAAACAAAAUGAACUUAUUUUUGGAAUGACAAAAAACAGGGAGCUGGCAUUUGUAGACCUCCCUGUAAACGAAUCGGCCCAUGAUUCUGGAAAUUUCACGGAGGUAUUGAUGGCAAGGCGUUGUUACAAAAGUUACUACUACACAUGGUACGCAAAGGUUUAUAUAAUUCCAACUGCAAUAUUUGUGUAUUUUUUGUAUUUUUGUGUACAUUUGUGUAUAUAGAAGAGACAAAAUGGUUUUGGUAAUAGACUAAUAGACAUCACAUUUUUUACUGAUAUAUAUUAAGGGUGAAGCAGUGUAAUAGUUGUUAUUUCUGUAAUGAUAUAAUAUUUUCUUAUACUGUACUACCUAUCUUAUCACAAGUCAUAAUACUUUUAUACACAUUAAACAUGUACAUUUUUCUGUUUACUCUUAUUUUAUAGUUUUGUUUCACAGCAGCUCAAGUCUCAGUCGUUUGAUGAGUGAAAACACCUUUGUGGAAAAACAAGGGAGUGAUAAUCACAUGUUAGGAUGCUAUAAUCUCAAGUCACGUUAAAAGAGAAGCACUGAAAAGAAAGAAAAGGACAGGAAAUGCGAUGUGAUGU